GGGAGGUGCCGGGCGGUAGCGGCGUUGGCGCGGGGUCAUCUACCAGCGCGAACCUGGACAUGGACCCCCUUGGCGGGGGCCAGGGCCCCGGCCGCGGGCCCCGGGACAAGAAGAAGGGCCGGAGCCCGGACGAGCUGCAUGCGGCGGGCGGCGACGGCGGCAAAUCCAAGAAAUUUACUCUGAAGCGGCUCAUGGCAGAUGAGCUGGAGAGAUUUACCAGCAUGAGAAUUAAGAAGGAGAAGGAAAAGCCCAAUUCUGCUCAUAGAAAUUCUUCUGCUUCAUACGGGGAUGAUCCCACAGCACAGUCAUUGCAAGAUGUUUCAGAUGAGCAAGUUCUAGUACUCUUUGAACAGAUGCUGUUGGAUAUGAACCUGAAUGAGGAGAAACAGCAGCCUUUGAGGGAGAAGGACAUAAUCAUCAAGAGGGAGAUGGUGUCCCAAUACUUGCACACGUCUAAGGCUGGCAUGAGCCAGAAGGAGAGCUCUAGGUCUGCUAUGAUGUACAUUCAGGAGUUGAGGUCAGGCUUGCGGGAUAUGCCUCUGCUCACCUGCCUGGAAUCCCUUCGUGUCUCCCUCAACAACAACCCUGUCAGCUGGGUGCAAACAUUUGGUGCUGAGGGCCUGGCCUCUUUAUUGGAUAUCCUUAAACGACUCCAUGAUGAGAGAGAGGAGACUCCUGGAAGCUACGAUAGCCGUAACAAGCAUGAGAUCAUCCGUUGCUUGAAAGCGUUUAUGAACAAUAAGUUUGGAAUCAAGACCAUGCUGGAAACAGAAGAAGGAAUCCUGCUGCUGGUCAGAGCCAUGGAUCCAGCUGUUCCCAACAUGAUGAUUGAUGCAGCUAAGCUGCUCUCUGCUCUUUGUAUCUUACCACAGCCAGAGGACAUGAAUGAAAGGGUUUUGACGGCGAUGACAGAAAGAGCUGAGAUGGAUGAGGUGGAACGCUUCCAGCCAUUGUUGGAUGGAUUAAAAAGUGGGACCUCCAUUGCACUCAAGGUGGGCUGUCUGCAGCUGAUCAAUGCUCUUAUCACACCAGCUGAAGAACUUGACUUUCGAGUGCACAUCCGAAGUGAACUGAUGCGCCUGGGGCUGUAUCAGGUGUUGCAGGACCUUCGAGAGAUUGAAAACGAUGAUAUGAGAGUGCAAUUAAAUGUGUUUGAUGAGCAAGGAGAAGAAGAUUCCUAUGACCUGAAGGGACGGCUGGAUGACAUUCGAAUGGAGAUGGACGACUUCAGUGAUGUCUUCCAGAUUCUCUUAAACACAGUGAAGGAUUCAAAGGCAGAGCCACACUUCUUGUCCAUCCUGCAGCACCUGCUCUUGGUCCGAAAUGACUAUGAGGCCAGGCCACAGUACUAUAAGUUGAUUGAAGAAUGUAUUUCUCAAAUAGUUUUGCACAAGAAUGGGGCUGAUCCUGACUUCAAGUGCCGGCAUCUUCAGAUUGAUAUUGAGGGGUUGAUUGAUCAAAUGAUUGAUAAAACAAAGGUGGAGAAAUCUGAAGCCAAAGCUACAGAACUGGAAAAGAAGUUGGACUCAGAGUUAACAGCCCGACAUGAGCUACAGGUAGAAAUGAAAAAGAUGGAAAGCGACUUUGAGCAGAAGCUCCAGGAUCUUCAGGGAGAAAAGGAUGUCUUGAAUUCUGAAAAGCAGCAGAUUGCCACAGAGAAACAGGACUUGGAAGCAGAGGUGUCUCAGCUCACAGGAGAGGUUGCCAAGCUGUCCAAGGAACUGGAAGAUGCCAAAAAAGAAAUGGCUUCUCUCUCUGCUGCAGUUACUGCUGUAACCCCUCCUAGCAGUGCUACUGUUCCCCUUGCUCCUGGCACUGUUACUCCACCCCCAGCCCCUCCUUUACCAAGAGAGCUUAGCAUACCUCCACCACCUCCUCUUCCUGGAGGUGAUACCAUUCCUCCUCCACCACCUCCCCCUCCUUUGCCUGGGCAUGCUUAUAUCCCCCCGCCCCCUCCUUUGCCUGGAAGUGUUGGCUCCUCUGUACCAACUCUUUUGCCUGGGGGUGCUGGCAUCCCUCCACCCCCUCCUUUGCCUGGGGGUGCUAGCAUCCCCCCACCCUCUCCUUUGCCUGGGGGUGCUAGCAUCCCCCCACCCCCUCCUUUGCCUGGGGGUGCUAGCAUCCCCCCACCCCCUCCUUUGCCUGGGAGUACUGGUAUCCCCCCACCCCCUCCUUUGCCUGGGAGUGCUGGUAUCCCCCCACCUCCUCCUCCCUUGCCUGGAGGAGCAGGAAUGCCACCUCCCCCUCCACCUCUUCCUGGUGGUCCUGGAAUCCCUCCACCCCCUCCAUUUCCUGGAGGUCCUGGAAUUCCUCCACCUCCACCUGGAAUGGGUAUGCCUCCACCUCCCCCUUUUGGAUUUGGAGUUCCUGCAGCCCCAGUUCUGCCAUUUGGAUUGACCCCAAAGAAGCUUUAUAAGCCAGAGGUGCAACUCCGAAGGCCAAACUGGUCCAAGUUUGUUGCUGAGGACCUGUCCCAGGACUGCUUCUGGACAAAGGUGAAAGAGGACCGCUUUGAGAACAAUGAACUUUUCGCCAAACUUACUCUGACCUUUUCUGCCCAGACCAAGACUUCAAAAGCCAAGAAGGAUCAGGAAGGUGGAGAAGAAAAGAAAUCUGUACAAAAGAAAAAAGUAAAAGAGUUAAAGGUGUUGGACUCAAAGACUGCCCAGAAUCUCUCCAUCUUUCUGGGUUCCUUCCGCAUGGCCUACCAGGAGAUUAAGAAUGUUAUCCUGGAGGUGAACGAGAGUGUUCUGACGGAGUCUAUGAUCCAGAACCUCAUUAAGCAGAUGCCAGAGCCUGAGCAGUUAAAAAUGCUGUCUGAGCUAAAGGAUGAAUACGAUGAUCUGGCCGAGUCGGAACAGUUCGGCGUGGUGAUGGGCACGGUGCCCCGUCUGCGGCCUCGCCUCAACGCCAUCCUCUUCAAGCUACAGUUUAGUGAGCAAGUGGAGAAUAUUAAACCAGAGAUUGUUUCUGUGACUGCCGCGUGUGAGGAGUUAAGAAAGAGUGAGAGCUUCUCUAGCCUCCUGGAGAUUACCUUGCUUGUCGGAAACUACAUGAAUGCUGGCUCCAGGAAUGCUGGUGCUUUCGGCUUCAACAUCAGCUUCCUUUGUAAGCUUCGAGACACCAAGUCCACAGAUCAGAAGAUGACAUUGUUGCACUUCUUGGCUGAGUUGUGUGAGAAUGACUAUCCCGAUGUCCUGAAGUUUCCAGAUGAGCUUGCCCAUGUGGAGAAAGCCAGCCGAGUUUCUGCUGAAAACUUGCAAAAGAACCUAGAUCAGAUGAAGAAACAAAUUUCUGAUGUGGAACGUGAUGUUCAGAAUUUCCCAGCUGCCACAGAUGAGAAAGACAAGUUUGUUGAAAAAAUGACUAGCUUCGUGAAGGACGCACAGGAGCAAUAUAACAAGCUACGCCUGAUGCACUGUAACAUGGAGGCCCUCUAUAAGGAGCUGGGAGACUACUUCCUCUUUGACCCCAAGAAAGUGUCGGUGGAAGAAUUCUUCAUGGAUCUGCACAACUUCAAGAAUAUGUUUGUGCAAGCAGUCAAGGAAAACCAGAAGCGGCGGGAGACAGAGGAAAAGAUGCGGCGAGCAAAACUAGCCAAGGAGAAGGCAGAGAAGGAGCGGCUUGAGAAGCAGCAGAAGAGAGAGCAACUCAUAGACAUGAAUGCAGAGGGUGAUGAGACCGGUGUGAUGGACAGUCUUCUGGAAGCUCUGCAGACGGGCGCAGCAUUCCGACGGAAGAGAGGACCCCGUCAGGCCAACCGGAAGGCCGGGUGUGCAGUCACAUCUUUGCUAGCCUCAGAGCUAACGAAGGAUGACGCCAUGACUGCUGUUCCUUCUAAGAUGGCCAAGAAUAAUGAGGGAGUCUCCACAAUCCUGGAGGAAACCAAGGAGUUGGUUGGCCGUGCAAACUAAGCCGGGACCUGUGGCCAUAGCAGCCCCCCGGGGCACUCCAGACUGUCUUGCCCUGGAGCCUGUGCCUAAAGGGUCAUGGAAGUAUUCUUCUGCGGUGGCUGCUCCCACUAUCCUGACCCUUUUUCUCUGGCCUGCCGCUCUCUGUACAUCACACAAGCUUCAGCUGCCUGGAGGCCAGCAGGAAAGGGCACUGGGGGUCCGGGGGAGGCCGGAGCCCGACCCAGCCAGCCCUGGCUGUUGUAUUACCAAAGCAGGCUCCUUGUUUGCUGCCUUAACCCCAAGUGUCUCCUCUCUGUCACCGAGGCCUUGUCUCAGACCAGGCCCCACCUGCUUUUCCAGCCCCUGCUUUUCCAGUGGGCUUUCACCUGGGUCAGUCUUGCUGGGUGUUUUUCUUUUGUGGUUUCUCCAGCCCUGAGAACAGCAUGGGGCUUGUGAACCUUUGGGCUCUAUCCCCCCCUUUCAUUGCUGUUACCUCUGCUUUGCUCUUCCCUCUCCUGGUUAUUAUUUAUUACUUGUGGUAUGACAGUGGGAGCCAUGCCUAGAGAAGUGGGGAGCAAACCCCAUCCUUACCACACCUUCUGCGGAAAGGCGUCCCAGAACAAAAAGGACCUGAACCACUUGAUCUGUUCCACCGUGGCCAAGGGCCUGUGGGGAGGCAAGGUACAGAGACAUUGUGGGACCUAUCCCCAGCCUGCUGCCAUGUUUGAGGACCCUGCCUCUGUGAACCCUCUACCCCUGCCCCCGGCGACCGAGCCACAGUCACUCCUCACACCUUCCCCAGAGCUGUGGUGCAUCUCAUCUGGAGUAUGGGCUGUACUGUGACCAUCCCAACACCUCACCCUCUGUCUCCAAGGAAAUGGGAGGUGGAGCCUCCUGGCUGAGAAAUUGUAUUGCAAAUGGAUCUAUUUUUAUAUGAGAUUUUUUUUUUUUUUUUAAGAAAAUAUUCCUUCCCCCUUUCCCCUUCAUAAUGUAAGAGGCUCUGAUGGCAGGACCCAGCGACCCUGGGAUUUCUCACCACAGGCCUCAAUCCUAAGCAACCCUCAAUCCUGGACUGCCACGUCAGCCCUAAAGCCUUCUGGGCCCUUGAGGCCAGUGCAGAUUCUCUCUCCCAUUAUCCAGUUUUGGGGCAGGAGGAAGCUCUUCCCUGACAGAGCUGGACCAGGCCUAAGAAUAGUGGGAGCUCUGAGACCACAGAGUUUUUAUAAAUGUAAUAUAUUUAUCAAGCCAAAUGUGCAAAUGCUAACUGGACACUGGGCAAGGAAGCACAGGUGUGUGGCCACAUGGCAUCCCCCGCUCCCUUCUGAACAGCAGGCAGGCCAACACUGUUCAGUAGCCCUUGCUCCAGGAAGCUCAGAUUCUCUGGCUCAAGGUGACACUUGACCCUCCUUGUGCUUUUAGCUUCCCAUCACAGGUAAGGAGAGAACAUGACACGGUUAGGGCUUGACCCAGAGUAAGAGUUGUUGGAGCAAAGGGGGGACUUACAUGAUCUAAGGGUUCCUGCAGGGAGGCCUUCAGGCCAGGAACCAGGGUGCUGGUUGCUACAGCUGCCUGUGUGUGAAGGGGCAAGAGCAGCUCCUUUGAGCUCUUCCCUGGAAGGUGGGGGUAGGGAGGAGGCUGCCUCCCUGGGUUCCUUCCUCCUCCCUGCUGAUAUCUGGGGCUUUGACCCUAUCUUUUUUAUUCUACUUUUGCUAGGAUGCAUUUAAUAAAAAAAAAAAAAAAGGCAAACCUAUUUCCCUUGCCUUUUGGGCUUCUGGGAUGUCAUCACCUCCAGGUUAUUGGGUUUGUUUCCAACUGUUAAUAAAGCAUUGAAACAGUA